GGUAUAUGGGUAAAUUAGAUUACUUACUGAAGUAUACGGACAAGAAAAAGAAGUCCAGCAAGAAACUUGCAUCCAAUAUAGUAACUAACAAUGAUACUAUAUCAAGCUCACAUAUAAAUGAAGACCUUCCUACUUUUGGAGAGACAAAAUUCAAAGGCUUCAAAAGAAUUGACAAUCAGCAACUUCAACCUGCGGUCAAGACUGACAACGAACAGGCUGCAGGCAGUGGCCAAACAGAAACUGUCUACAGAGACUUAACUGGUAAGGUGGUCGAUAUAUCACAAAUCAAGGCAUCCCUCAAACCGUCAAACCGUGUAGUGCUAAAUGAGUCUAAGUCUGAACAACUGAAUGAAAAAGCUCCCAAAUCAUUUACAGUUAGCAAAUCUGACAAGAUGUACAACGAUAUGUUGAAAUCCAGAACUAACUUCGAAGACCCCAUCAAGAGCUAUGCAAAAGUUGAUAAAUUGUCAUAUAUAAAAGGAGUAAACAUUCCGAAUAGAUUUGGAAUUAAAGCAGGUAUUAUGUGGGAUGGGAUAGAUAGGUCCAAUGGGUUUGAAAAAUUAGUCAUGAGGAAAAGGAGUCAGAUGAAAUCCAGCUCGAAAGCUGAAGUUAAUGAGUAUGAAAUGGACUUUGAGUAGGUUUUGCAGCUUCAUGUAUUAUAAUGUAUUAUAGUGGCUCUCUUCUAAUUGAGCUAA